AUGGUGCCAAUAACUACAUACUUGUUGUUACUCGUCUCUUCUGUUUUCUACGUUGUAUGGGAUGCUCGAAUUGUGCUAGAGGAAUAUGCUGCUCAACGUGAUCUUCUUGGCUUUCGACAAUCUUCAUUGGGUUUCAGUGCUUACGCCAUGAGCCACCUCGAUGUUCCUAUCAUUAUGUGA